AUGAAGCUCAGUACCCUCAACGCAGCCAUUGCCCGAGAUGCCUUUGCCCAUCUGCUGGCAGUAGGCAUCUGCUCUGCUGUGCUGUUUCUCUUCGCUGCUCUCACCUACUCGCAAAUUACCCUUCCUCGCUACACUACAAACUACACCGAGAAGGACGUUCAGCAAGUCGUGAACUUACUUAUCACCAUCCUGGCCACAGUCAUCGGCAUUCUCUUCAGCCACUGCCGCCGUCUGACCAACGAAGCCGAAACGAAGACUGAACUUCGCAAUGAGGAACUCACGAUCCCACGCCUCCAUGUGCAUUUUGAGGCCGCCAGUGGCUCGAAGGUGGCCAUGGGCCUUCCCGUCAUCCGCAACAAGUCUGUCUAUCGCUUGGUGGCGUUCUACUUUGCCGCCAUGAUCAUCUUUGCAUUCAUCCAUUCGGUUCUGUCCGUCAUCUUCGUUAUCGAGGACAUCAUCUCCGACAAGGGCGAGCCAGUACCUGUCGCCAUCCCCCUCAGCAUCGAUAUCCCAUAUAAGUUCGAUGGCGUUGUUGUCGAUCCUUGUACCGACGACAUCAACAGCCCCAAAUGCACGUACGUGCUGGCUUUGCACGCCAUGAGCUCACAACUCGUCACGUACCAAUCUUACUCCAUCGCUGGAGUGACCUUCGAUCCACGGAAUGGAACCAUGGGCCUGCCUUACUACGCCAUGAAGCACUUCGCGGACGAAGUCGCUUCAAUUCCUUUCGAGAAUGCCCGCCGUCGGUACUGCCUGCCAGUCCUGGAUCCUCACCUGAUCAAAUGCACUGAAGUCCCCAUCAACCACACGACCUGCGAGUCCAUCGACGGCAAGUUUGUCAAGUUCAAGUCUCUCAACGUCUCCGAGUACAACCAAUACACCCGAGAAGACACCCCCCAGGACACCGGUUUGUACAAAAUUGCCUCGCCUUAUCCCAACGGCGUCUACAAUUACGGCGCCACCAAAUUGCGCAUCGACAACCAAGGCCUGGGCGUCAUGGUAUCGCAGAUGUACUCCGAAGACCCCUUCACCACCAUGAUCGGUGCCGCGGACCCAUGGAAGGACAAGGUCGGUUAUGCCACCCUGCUCCAUCGCCUCAUGUACGACGGCGCCGACCCCGACAUCUCCGACGUCCCUGAGGGCUCUACCUACGACUUCGCAGCGCGGUGCGAGAUGACGCAGAUCAAGUACCAAGACAACCUCGGCUCUUCCUGGCGACAAGUAGACUUCACUCUCAACGCUGGCGUUUUGCGGGCAAACGUCACGGAAGAGCGCUGUCCCAACGGCCGCUCCGCCGGCGGCGAAGGCUUCUCCGGCUUCAAAGACCUGCCUUAUGCACUCGAAGGCGCUGGAGCCGUCAUCUCCGGCCCGGACGGCUACUCGACGUUCUUCAACGACCACCCUCCCACCGGCGCGGGCUCGGAUGUGUUUGCGAACAUGUCGCGCUUCGACCAGAUCGUGAAUCAAGUCUACCAUCUUAUCCAGACGAGUUGGUCGGAGCAGACUUACGACCUUGCGAUGCAGAGGGCAAGGGUGACGGAUGAGCCCAUUGUGAUGACCAUGUAUCCGCAUCUAUUCGUUAUUCGCAUGAGCUGGACUCCGACGACUUAUAUCGGUCUCGUGCUCUCCGUGCUCAUCGCGCUAAACGCAUAUACCCUCGCUGCCCGCUGGGCGAUGGCGACGUACCGGCUCGGCUUUGGGUCGGAUACGUGGAAUCUACUGCGCCCGGUCGACCUUAUGGCAUACUCACUGGCGGCGUCGCAAGAUCUAAUUCACGGCCUCAACACGCCCGAACACCGGAAGAUGGAGAUGCGCGGCACGAUGAGGACGGUCCUGAAAGAGCGGCCGAUGGAUCUGCUGGGGUUCAUCACAGGGGCAGGGAAUGGCAGGACGGGCUCGGAGUCGAAUGCUAGUACGCCUGUAAGGGAGUAUUAUGAGAAGGCGGCGGAGGCUGGGGUCUCUGUGAAAGAGAGGGGUGCGGAUCUUGAGAAGGGUCAGCAAACCGCCCAACUAAUCCCCUUCCUCACCCACGGCGAGCGCGCCGUCCCCGCCAACCUCAACCCCAAACUCCGCCCAAACAAAUACCAACACCCCAUGGACCCCUCCACCACCUCCAACCACGAGUCCAACUCCGCCGUCAUCCUCUCCGACGUCAUCGGCGCCCAGAGCAGCAUCAACAUCUUCGCCUCCUUCACACGCUCCGUGCCCAGCGUAUCGACCCGGCUCGAGACGAGUGCGCUGAACACGACCGUGCUCGCGCCGUCGAAUAAAGCGAUCACUUCUUUGCCGAGGAAACCGUGGGAAGAUCCGAAGGAUUACUCGCAGUUCGGCGCCGCGGCGUAUAAAGGCGCAAAGGGAGAUGAUCGCGCGCAGGACAAUAUGAAGCGGUUCGCGGAAGCGCAUGUGGUGCCAGAGAGUCCUUGGGAGGAAGGGGUGAAGGUGAAGACGAUGGGGGGUGGGGAGGUGUGGUGGGAGAGGAAGGAGGGGAAGGCGGUGGUUAUGCCGCAGGGGGUGGGGGUGGAGAGGGUGGUAGAGAGGGUGGCUAAUGGGGAGGUGUGGGUUGUUGAUGGGGUGGUGGAUUAUGAGAGAUGA